CAGCAACAGGCUGAAUGAACAAAUGCAGAAGCAGACAGAGAACAAAGAUCAACAUCGAACUAAACUCAAGAGCCAAGUCAACUUCAUUUGUUCCUGUCAUCAUGCCAGUGUCAGCUCAUAAAAGGAUCAUCUUGCUGGGACAAACUGGAACUGAGAAAAACAGCCUCACUGAGAUCCUGACUAAAGAUAACGUGCAUGAAGUAAACCAUUCUGCAGACUCAGGAACAUGUAAAUGCCAAAAUAAAAAAUCCACAACUGUCACUGAAAGAUCAAUCACUGUGAUUGAUGCUCCGGGUUUCUUUGACACAAAACUGCCCGAGAAGAAACUGAAAGAAGAGAUCUUGCUGUGUAUGAUCGAGUCUUCUCCUGGGCCCCACGCUUUUCUCAUUCUGCUUCAAGUAGAUAAAUUUACAGAAGAGGAGAAGGCAGUCAUCAAAAAAAUAGAUAAAUAUUUCUCAGAAGAAUCUUACAAAUAUGCUACAGUUGUCUUAACUCGUGGUGAUCGGUUCCCUGAAGGAAUGAAGAUUGAACAGUUUCUUUAUCAAAGAUAUGAUCUGAGAGAUCUGGUGAAGAAAUGUGGUGGCCGAUGUCACGUCUUCGACAGUGAAAAGUGGAAGAAAUCACAGGACGACUACAAGUUCCAGGUGGCUGACCUGUUCAAGACAAUUGACAAGACUAUAGAAGAAAACAAAGGAGCCUACCUCACCAAUGAGAUGUUCCAAAAGGUGGAGAAACAAAUAGCAGAAGAAGAAAACCACAUCAGAAAGUCAUCAGCUAACCUGACGGCAGAAGAGAUCAGAAAACAAGCAAAAAAACAAACCCUUCAUACGUUGAUGAAUGUUUAUGCUUCAACUCCCACAAGAGAACUGAUGGUUGCUCUUUUCACUUUGCCAAUAGUUGUACUGGCAUUCGUUACAGGAGCAGCAGCAUUUGCAUUCGUUACAGGAGCAGCAGCAUUUGCAUUAGCUACAGGAGCAGCAGUAGUCCUUGGAGGACCAGCAGUUGUUGGGAUAGCAGUAGUUGGGUGGUUUAUUGGAAAAAUGAUGUAGAACUCGAUGUGGUGCAGGUGAGGGAGGUGACAUAUGAUUGGAUGCAGCACAGACACAACGUGUAAUAAAUUACAGGGUUAAAGUACAUGAUGGUGAAAGUCAACUAUCACAACAAAAAGAGCAUCAGUCCUGAAGAUGUGCUGCUGGAUCUACACCAUCGAUUUCUAUUUACUCACUAGAUGGAGGACCGCAGCGAGCCGCUCAUUCGCUGGCUGUUGCCAGAGCGCCGCCAUCUUGAUUAGCGUCUAACAACCAGACAUAAAUAGAAAUCAAUGGGCAUAAUCAAUGUUUUCAAGAGAACGUCACCAUAAAUCUGUAUUUUCUGUGCUAUUACUGUGCUGUUAUAUUUAUUCAAACUCAGUCCCACAUUUGUACAUACAAUAUUUGUCAAAACAAAAAACACAGAAGAGAAUCAGAGUAUUUAUAUAAUCAAACAAAAACAUAUUCAAACACAUUAUGUCUGUCAGGGUCUGUGGUGAAGUGGCACGGCAGGCAGGUGGACACCAAUGUAGACUCAUUACUCAGAUGGAUGAUUAGUAAACGUUUAAUCAGAAACAGGCUUGGUCGGUGCACAGGAAGACAAUCAGACAGGCGGCAGUACGGAUGGUCGUCAGGCGGAGGCGUGGUCAGUAAACAAACAGAGUUCCAGCACGGGCAAACAGGUACAUAAGAGGUGGCAAAAAACAGAGUCAAAAACAGGCUGGGUUCAGACACGGAGAAGCAGGUUAACAGGCUCAGGCAAAAACGUAGUCAAGGACAAGCAGAAGUCGAGAAUGGAAAAAACACAGAC